AGUCGUCUUAAUACGUGUGUGAACUUUGAAUAGUUCAGCAAAUCGAAGUCAUCAUCGGGACAAAGGAAAAAAAUAUUUGGAAGAGUCCACGACAUCCAUCCUUCUUUCUCUCAUUUCUGCUUCUGUCAGUUCAUGGACCGAAAGAAUCAUCGAGCCGGAGGAAUUGUCGGUAUCUCACCGGCAAGUGCCUCUGCCUCCACUUCUGCUGGUCCUGCUGGCACCGCUGGAAUUGGAGACGAUUCACAGGAUGAAGUGGUCGUCUGGAAAAGAGUUUUGGCUGACCUUCAGUCUUUGUCCGAGAUUAUGGAUGCCAGUGACAACAUCAUUGCAGCACUGGACAAGGUGCCCGAAGGACGCCUCAAUAGAUCUGUAUCUUUAUGUCAGGAAGCAGCAGAAAAGGCCCAAGAGGAAGGAGAAAUCAUUCAACGAGCAUUGGAGGGCGUUAAUUUUUUGAUGGCAUUGCGUGAUGGAGAUCUGACAAAUGUUGAUAACACUCCAGAAGGCAAGCGGAAAAAACGUAAGAUUGAAGCUGAGGGACUUAAUCCUAAUACGAAAAAGAUUCGAAGAUAUUCCUCUACGGAUCCGAAUGGAGUUAUACCUGUUGGCCAUCAGGUGGCAGCACGUACACCAAAGGAUAAGAACAAAGUGGAGGAAUGGAUUUUGGCAAGAGUCCUAUCAUACUCUGCAGAAAAGAACAAAUAUUUUGUUGAAGAUGAUGAAGCUGAUGACUAUGGCAAAAAAAUGACUUACUCUCUUAGCGCAAGGAGCGUAAUCAUGAUUGCAGACGAUCAAGACUCUGUUCCGGAAUUCCCGGCUGGACACACAGUUUUGGCGCUAUACCCUUCCACAACGUGUUUCUAUAAGGCUAUUGUUGUACAACCACCGUCCAAGAACAAGGAUCAUGCGACACCGCUUUACAGGAUCAAAUUUGAUGAUGAUGAGGGCAAUGAGCGCACAGCACCUCCAAGGAUGGUGCUUGAUAUGCCAAAGCUCAAGUAAUUUUUUGAAUUUAUUAGGGU